AUGGGAAAGGAAUGCGUCCAAAAUACAGCGAUGAAAUUGUUGAGAACAGAUAAAGAUAACCAAAAAGAAACGAAGCGAAAGGAUAUCGCCAAUAUCCAGAAAUCGAAAGGGCUGGGGCCGAGGUCAAAGGGCAGCCUGUCGGAGCUUGAAUUUGUUGAACAUGUUUACAGCAACCGAGGAACCCUCCAACACUUGGACCAUCUUGUCUGGCCAGGAGUGAUGCGGGACAGUCAAAUCUGGGGUCACAGCCAGGCUCAUAUACCCCAAUCCAAAGAGAAUUGGCGUCAAAAAAGUGGAGAUGAAUUACAAGAAUUUGGCAAAGGCGACCAAGGAUACAUGGAGCAGCGUCUGAUAAAGCGUAAACAGCGAGGAGGAAAGCGGUUAGGGAGGGAGGAUGAGGAGGGAAGGAUCGGAACGAAACGCCUACAGCAGGAUCAACAGCCACUAGAAGAUCGUCUGGUCGAGCCAAAAGGAACAGAUAGUGCCGCAUUCGAUCUUUGA